AUGGCGUGGGGCAUCCUUGUACUGCUGGCGGGUCGAGGAGGUGCGGAGGCGUGCCCCGCUCUUUGCAGCUGCCUGGGGAACACGGUGGACUGUCAUGGCCUGGGGAUCCACUCCGUCCCCAAAAACAUCCCCAGAGGGACUGAGAGGCUUGACCUGAACGGAAACAACCUGACAACCAUCACCAAGACGGACUUCUCCGGUCUCAAACACCUCAGAGUCCUUCAUCUGAUGGAGAACCGGGUCAGUAACGUUGAGAGGGGAGCUUUUGACGAGCUGAAGGAGCUGGAAAGACUUCGUCUAAACAAGAACCGUCUCAGCCAACUUCCAGAGCUGCUGUUCCAGAAGAAUGAGGCCCUGUCUCGACUGGACCUGAGUGAAAAUGCCAUCCAGGCCAUCCCAAGGAGGGCCUUCAGAGGAGCCACGGACCUCAAAAACCUUCAGCUGGAUAAAAACCAUAUCAGCUGUAUCGAGGAGGGGGCGUUUAGAGCCCUGCGAUCUCUAGAAGUGCUCACACUGAACAACAACAACAUCAGCAGCAUUCCCGUCUCCAGUUUCAACCACAUGCCGAAGCUCCGCACCUUUCGUCUCCACUCUAACUCUCUGCGUUGUGACUGUCACCUGGCCUGGCUGUCCCCGUGGCUGCGGCAGCGGCCGGCGUUGGGCCUCUACACCCAGUGCAGCUCUCCUCCCACGCUCAGGGGCCUCAACCUCGCCGAGCUGCGCAAGAGUGACUUUGCCUGCUCAGGCCACGGCGGCAGUGCCUUCGUUCAGCCCUGCAGCCUGGCGUCCGGCUCCUGUCCCCCGAUGUGUUCCUGCAGCAACAACAUUGUGGACUGUCGAGGAAGGGGCCUCACUGCCAUCCCCGCCCACCUCCCUGAGGCCAUGACUGAGAUUCGACUGGAGCAGAAUGGCAUCAAGUCGGUUCCUCCAGGCGCCUUCACCUCCUACAAGAAGCUUCGACGGAUAGACCUGAGUAACAACCAGAUAUCUGAGAUUGCUCCAGAUGCUUUCCACGGCCUCAGAGCUCUCAACUCACUGGUUCUGUAUGGUAAUAAGAUCACUGAGCUGCCUGGCGGUGUAUUUGAUGGCCUGGCCUCACUGGAGCUGCUGUUGCUGAAUGCAAAUAAGAUCCACUGUAUCAGAGCCACGGUGUUCAAAGAUUUGGAGAACCUGGCUCUCCUGUCCCUGUACGACAACAAGAUCCAGAGUCUGGCCAAAGGCACCUUCAGCUCACUGCACAGCAUCCAGACACUGCACCUGGCCCAGAACCCCUUUGUGUGUGACUGUAAUGUGAAGUGGCUGGCCGAAUUCCUGCGUUCAAACCCCAUAGAGACCAGCGGAGCUCGCUGUGCCAGCCCUCGCCGCCUCGCAAACAAACGCAUCGCACAGAUCAAGAGCAACAAGUUCCGAUGCUCCGCCAAAGAGCAGUACCAUAUCCCAGGCACUGAAGACAGACGUCAGAGCUACGAGUGUAACAGUAAGCCGGUGUGUCCCGCUAAAUGUCGCUGUGAGGCAAAUGUGGUCGACUGCUCCAACCUCCGCCUCACAAAGUUCCCUGAACACCUGCCCUCCUCCACUGAAGAGCUGCGUCUCAACAACAACGACCUCUCCGUGCUGGAGGCCACCGGAGCCUUCAAGGGCCUGACGCAGCUCAAGAAAAUUAACUUGAGCAACAACAAGAUCUCAGAUAUUGAGGACGGAGCGUUUGAAGGUGCCUCCUCGGUGGUGGAGCUUCACCUGACGGCCAAUCACCUGGAGUCUGUCAGGGGCAGCAUGUUCAGAGGCGUGGAGGGACUACGCAUGCUGAUGCUGAGGAACAACAAGAUCAGCUGUAUCCAUAACGGCAGCUUCACGGGGCUGACCAGCGUCCGGCUGCUCUCCCUCUACGACAACCAGCUGAGCACCAUCCUGCCCGGAGCCUUCGACACUCUGCCCAACCUAUCGACGCUGAACCUGCUGGCCAAUCCUUUCAACUGUGACUGCCGUCUGUCUUGGUUCGGGGCUUGGCUUCGGAGCAGACGGAUAGUGACGGGGAAUCCCCGCUGCCAGGGCCCCGCCUUCCUCCGAGAGAUCCCGCUGCAGGACGUGGCCGUGCCCGACUUCCGCUGCGAGGACGGCUCCGUGCUGGAGGACAGCAGCUGUGCUCCUGGGCCUCAGUGUCCCAGCCAGUGUACCUGUAUGGAAACGGUGGUCCGCUGCAGCAACAAACACCUACAGGCUCUGCCCCGGGGGCUGCCCCGCAACGUCACCGAGCUGUAUCUGGACGGAAACCAGUUCACCAGUGUUCCUAAGGAGUUAGCCACCUUCAAAUACCUGCAGCUCGUAGAUCUGAGCAACAAUAAGAUCAGCUCCCUGUCCGAUGACUCCUUCUCCAACAUGAGCCAGCUCACCACACUGAUCCUCAGUUACAACUCGCUGCGCUGUAUCCCUCCCCUGGCGCUGGGUGGCCUGCGCUCUCUGAGACUGCUCUCUCUCCAUGGCAACGACAUCUCCGAGCUGCAGCAGGGCAUCUUCAGCGACGUGGCCUCCCUGUCUCACCUAGCUAUUGGAGCCAACCCUCUGUACUGUGACUGCCGCCUGCUCUGGCUGUCCGACUGGGUGAAGAGCGGCUACAAGGAGCCCGGUAUCGCCCGCUGUGCCGGCCCCCGCGGCAUGGAGGGCAAGCUGCUGCUCACCACGCCCGCCGACAAGUUUCAGUGUCUGGGUCCUGUGGAGGUGUCUGUCCAGGCCAAAUGUAGUCCGUGUGUGUCCUCCCCCUGCGAGAACCAGGGCAUCUGUCAAGUCCACCACACACAGCUAUACACCUGUAACUGCAAGGCUGGAUUCACGGGUAAGCACUGCGAGACACCAGUUGAUGCUUGUGUCAGUAAUCCCUGCACCAACGGAGGAACCUGCCUGAGCGACGAACAGACCAGAGGGUUCAGCUGUGCGUGUGCAUUUGGUUUCCACGGCACCUUCUGCGAGGUGAACGUGGAUGACUGUGAGGACAACGGAUGCGAGAACGGCGCCACCUGUGUGGACAGAGUUGGCAACUACACCUGCUUGUGUCCACCGAACUACACAGGCCUGUUUUGUGAAGAAGAGGAGGGUGUGUGCUCUCCAGGUAGAAACCCCUGUCAGCAUCAGUCUACCUGCAUCAGCAGUCCUACCGGCCCUAGGUGUGUGUGUAUCCCCGGCUGGGUGGGGCCAGACUGCAGUAUAGAUUAUAAUGAGUGUGCGGAUCAUCGCUGUCAGAACAGAGCUCAGUGCGUCGACCAUCUGGACGGCUACAGCUGCGUCUGUCCACAGGGAUACAGCGGAGAGUUCUGUGAGGAGGCCCUUACUCCCCCGCCCCCCUGCCCGCUGGCUCAGUGUCAGAACGGCGCCCCCUGUGUGGAGAAGACCGGGACUGCGGUGUGUCAGUGUCUGCCGGGCUUCGAGGGUCAGAGCUGCGAGAAGCUGGUCAGCGUCAACUUCGUCGACAGAGAUUCUUACGUUCAGCUUCAGGAUGUCAAGAACUGGCCUCAGGCCAACAUCACGCUGCAGGUGUCAACAGCAGAGGACAACGGCAUCUUGCUCUAUAACGGAGACAACGAGCCAAUCGCUGUGGAGCUCCACCAGGGUCAUGUCAGGGUCACCUACGACCCUGGGAACCAGCCUGCCACAGCUAUCUACAGCACUGAGACGGUGAACGAUGGGCGUUUCCACACAGUAGAGCUGGUGACCUUUAACCGGAUGGUGAACCUGUCGGUGGACGGAGGGGAGCCGACGACCCUGGACAGUCAGGGCCGGAGCCAGCUGGUGACAGGGGAGGCCCCUCUGUAUGUGGGAGGUAUGCCAGAGGAGGUGAUGCCUGCCUCUCUGGGUCUCUCCUCUCAGACCCUCAACGUGUCCAGUUUCCACGGCUGCAUCAGGAAUCUUUACAUCAACCACGAGCUGCAGGAUUUCACCCGCAGCCACAUGAAGCCCGGGGUGGUGCCGGGCUGUCAGGCCUGCCGCAAACUCUACUGCCUCCACGGCAUCUGCCAACCCAAUGCUGCACAGGGCCCCCAGUGUCACUGUCAGGCAGGUUGGACGGGACAACACUGUGACCAGCCGAUAACAGGAGGCCUUACUGGAAUGGACGUUGUCACCACGGCAGCUGGUGUCUCCCCAUGUGAAGGCAGCAAGUGCGUGAAGGGUGCGUGCGUGGUGCUGGACGCACAGACGUACCGCUGCGUCUGCGAGGAGGGGUAUCGCGGUGCGCUGUGCAACCUGCAGGGGGAGCCGGCGGGGCCUUGCCUGGAAACUCUUUUAACCAUCCCGGUGCGUUUAUCGCCCGCAGAGUCCCCGUGUGGCGGUGAGCCGGUGAGAGAUUACCACCGGCUGCAGCGCGGCACCGUCCUCUGCCAGACGUCCAAACCUUUCUCCUGGGUGGAAUGUCGGGGCCGGUGCCAGGCGGGAAGCGAGCCGGGUGCCAGCGGCGCCCCCUGCUGCGCUCCUCUGAGGGUUCGACGCCGGCGGCUCACCUUCGAAUGCGACGACGGCACCUCGUUCACACAGGACGUGGAGAAGCCGGUGGAAUGUGGCUGCAAGGAGUGUGUGUAG